AUGAGCGCAAUUCACUCGGCGGUCACCGGCGUCGUCGCCGGCGCGGUCCCCGCCGCCAACGCGCGCGCCUCCGCUCGGCGCGCGCCCUGCCCUCGCGCGCUCGCGAAAUCUUCAUCUUCUUCCCCGCUCAUCAUCGACGGGGUGAGCCUUCGCGCGGGCCGCUCGCGCGCCAGGCUCGCGCGCGGCGCCCGCACGCGCGCGCUGAGCCCCGGCAAGGAGGGCGACAAGACUGACGCGGGGAGCGGCGAUUCGCAGGCGGCGUCCGGCGGCGAAUGCCCGGUGGGCUUCGGCAAGAACGGCCGCUUCUCCGCGGUGGGCGAAGCCAUCAACGGUGUCAAGAACGCGGCGUACCUUUCGUUCAUGUCCUCGUCCACGCCGCUGACCAAGGAGGAGGCCGCGGCGUCCGCCGCCGCGGCGAAUCCAGACGACGUGGUGAUCCUCGAGAACAAGAUCUUCCUCAACGCGCUCAGGCAGGCCAUCGCGGACCCGGUGGGCAUGCCCGCGGCGAUGCUCGAGUGGCACAGGCUGGUCGGGCACGACACCGUGGGCAUCGAGAACCCGAUCGGCCCGGGGUGCGUGUCCACGAUCGACCCGCGGACGGUCGAGUACAUCUGCAAGACGAACGCGGCGAACUACCGCGACAGGCUCCUGCCGGACAUCUUCCGUCUCGUCCUCAAGGACUUGGGCGUGACGGGCUCGCAGGGCGAGUACAACAGGCAGCACAGGAAGGUGUGCCAGAAGCCGUUCAUCAACAACAACUUCCUCAAGACGUUCAGCACCGUGGUGGAGAAGGGCGUGGGGCACCUCAUCGAGUCGUUCGACAUGGCGUCCGCCAAAGCCGGCCCCGGCGUGGGCAUCGUCGAGGACGUCGAUCUCCACUCGCAGCACCUGCUCCUCGACAUCAUCUCGCCAAUCUCGUUCGACUACAACUUCAACCUGCUCGACAAGUCGCGCACGGUCAUCACCGGCGAGGGCAAGUUCGAAGCGAACCCGAUGCUGGAGGCGUACCACAGGUCCGCGGAGAUCAUGGGCCAGGUUUUCAUCACCCCGCUGCCGCUGUUGAAGCUCGGGGCGAAGUUUGGCGUCGGCCGGUUGCAGGAGCUGAUCGACGCGUACGAUUCUCUGGAGAGGAUGGGCGACGACAUCGUGAAACAGAGGCGAGAGAUGCACAAGGCGCGAAGGGAGCGCGGCGAGGAGAUCGAGCAGGUGUGCCUCCUGGACACGAUGCUGUACCUGGAGGACGACCAGGGGAACCUCGCGUACACCGACGAGGAACUCUGGGGCGACAUGAACGACAUCAUGGCCGCGGGGCACCAGACGCAAGCCGCGACGAUGACCAUGUCCUUGCUAUACGUCUCCCGGAACCCCGACGUGAAGGCCAAGAUCGAGGAAGAGCUCGCGUCACUGGGCGGCCGCGCGCCGACGUUCGAGGACGUGUGGGACGGUCGGUUGACGUACACCCAGAGCGUGGUCAAGGAGACGCUUCGACUUCACCCGCCCAUUCACAUGUUCCCCAGGAUCGCAACCGACAAAGACGUCAUGCCGUCGGGGCACAAGGUGGAACCAGGAGACCUCAUCCUCCUCUCCACGUGGGCGAUGGGGCGCAACCCCAAGGUGUGGGAGGAGCCCACCAAGUUCGACCCCGAGAGGUUCACAGACGAGAGGCUGGAGCGACUCGCGAGGGAGCAAAACCCGGGCGCCGACGCCGACGAGAUCGAGCGAGCGGUGACGAUGCUCAAGUCUGGCCGGGACUUCAUCUACACCCCGUUCGGCGCCGGCCCGCGGUCCUGCAUCGGGGGUUUGUUCUCGUUACUGACGGUGACGACGAUCAUCGCGAGCUGCAUCCAGCGGUACGAUUUCGAGCCCGACGACGACUUUCUCCCCGCGGAUGGCGAGAUUCCGCUUCGGUACGACGUCACGAUGUGCUUUCCCAAGGGUCUGAAGAUGAAGCUGACGAAGAGGGACGUGGAGCCCGGGUCGCGAGUGCAGACGCCGCCCGCGGUGGCGAGCGCGAGAUGA